AUGCUGAAUGGCAAAGUGUAUGUCGUAACUUCGAUCGAUUUGAUCAACGCGGUCAAUCGAAAUUCAAAGGUGCUAUCAUUCAACCCCUUCAUUGCCCAACUUGGGAAGCGUAUUACCGGCCACGAUGAGGCAACCAGUCGGAUCGUUCAGCACAAUCUGAAUGGUGAGAAUGGGUCUGGCUAUGUUAUUGACAUCCAUGACGCAAGUGUCACAAGCCUGGCUCCGGGCAAAAGCCUUGAGAACAUGACUGCGACUAUGCUCACAGAGGCUUCAGUGCAUUUCGCAAAGCUCAAGCCCGACGAUGAGAUUGGCCUAUUCGCCUGGAUCAAGCAUAUGGUGACAAUGUGCAGUACGAGGGCUAUCUAUGGCCCAGAAAAUCCGUUCAAUCAGGAUGAGUGGCAAACUGUUAGACAAUUUUGGGAGUUCGAUCAAAAUCUCAACACCCUGAUUGUCGAUAUUGCACCACAAGUCUUCGCCCGGAAAGGCUACAGAGCUCGGAGCGAGCUUGGCCUUGCUUUCGAGAAGUACUUCAACCAAUACGAUCCAAAGCGGUCUAGAAGUGCCACCCUAAUUGAGACACGACAUUCGAUCAACACACACUACGGCGUAGAUCCACAGAACUCAGGGCGUCUCGAAGUCGGCGUCCUGCUAGGCAUCCUCGCCAACACGAUUCCAUCUAUCUUUUAUAUGCUUAUCCAUAUCCUAGCCGACCCGACACUCCUUCGAGACAUUCGCGAGGAAAUCGAGACCACAUCAUUGCGACAAGACGAAGGCAGCAAGACCAUUUGUCUCAAGGUCACGACAAUGCGAGAAAAGUGCACGCUCCUCCACUCCACAUUCCAAGAAAUGCUCCGUCUCCACGCCCUUGGCACCAGCAGUCGCUACGUCCGCGAAGACAUUCUUCUUCAAGACCAAUACCUACUGAAAAAGGACAUGGUCGUGCAGAUCCCAAUGGCAGUCAUGCACUCCGACCCUGAAAUCUGGGGCGCAGACGUUAUGGAAUUCCAGCCAAGAAGAUUCUUCAAACUCCCAAAUAGUGCGAAAGAGUACAAGACUAAUGCCACUGCGUAUCGACCCUUUGGCGGUGGAGCCUCACUCUGCCCAGGGCGUCAUUUCGUGACCUUGGAGGCGAUGGCGCUAGUUGCGUGUUUUGUGAUGAGGUAUGACGUGGUGCCUGUUGAGGGGGGGGGGGUUGGAUAA